AUGCAAGCGGUUGAUGACAUAUUCCAAGAGUUACUCAGCAAAAUUGGCGAGCCCAACGGCACAAUCUCUGGCUUCUGUGGGGAAAUAUAUGAUUCGAAUGCGACAUGCAUAAAAAGGUGUCGGGAAAUUGUAAAUUUAAUGCUAUACAUGAGAGGGUAUGAACAUAAAGGGACACAGGGAUUGCAGCGACGGACAGUAGACCAGGCAGAUUGGACGGCCUUUCAGGAAUAUUUAAGAUGUGUGCUAGCAGGAGAGGCUUUAGUACGACUCUAUGGCAGGAAUAGUGAUCAUGUGGACGUAAUGAAUAAGGUUAAACAGGAGUUAGCACACGGGAAAACAUUUGUGAAGCAGAAGCUAGAAAGUGGAAUAUGUGAAAACAGAGAUUGGGGGAAGGUGAUAUUCCAGUCACAUCGUAUGGGAACGGCUUUACAGAAUCGAUUAAACAGCUUGCGUAAAACGUGGACAACAGCAAAAGUACCGGCUCGGCGCGCAUCAGGGACAUGUGGAUGGGAUGAUGCACAAGACGCUGAUGAAGACGGGAAACCGCACAGUGACGACACAUGUAAUGCAAACGAAGGGGUGGUGACGCAGGAGAAUGAGCUCAUGAAGGAAAUAAAGGGCUGGGUACCAAUUGGUCCCUUUCCACACGUGCAGAAGGUGCUAGAGGACAUGCAAAAAAAUGGGGUGUCUAAGGAGAAAUGUGAACUUGAGCAGAAGAUAAGGAACGGGGUCAAGACAGUGAAGGACAGAGUGAAUCCACCGAAGAAAUCACAGCCACCGGAGAAACCGGCCGGUGCUAACGGCAAUCCGCGCGGCCCUGUCCAAACAGUAGGGGCGACACCGGUAUCACCACCGGGAAGUGGGACGCCGACGUCGCCAUCUGGUGGUGGUGGUGGUAAGGGUGGUGCUACCGGAGGAGGGCAGGGGCAGGGCAAGGCUGGACUAGGACAGCAUUGUGAUGGCGACUUCGCACGGCAGCGCCUGCGUAGCGCAGUGUAUGUGGUGCCCCCACGUGAUGAUAACGCAUGGAACAAGUGGAAGCAAGUGUUGCAGGAAUUUACGGCACAUAUGGAGGCAUACAACGACCUCAAUGAAUCAUUUGGUGCCAAUUGUUAUAAUGUAGGUUGGGAUGAUUUCGGUCAUGGUCACCUACAUACGGCACAAACAGUGGCAGAUGUCGUACGGUGCAGAGUUAUGAGUGUUGCAUGGGCCUUUGCAAAUGGGUGGAGUACGAGUGCAAACGCGACGGAGCCAGGGGUCAAAAUGGACACGGAAGAAGAGAAUAUGUUACGGUGCGAAGUAGCAAAUAUUUUUGGACAUUUACUGAAAAAUAAGUAUUGCACCCGGCAAGCAGGAUACAAGAGAGGUGUAGAGUAUUCCCGCAUAGCAUUCACGAAAAUGAAGAGCGAGGGAAAAAAUGGACAAGGAGCGGUAGGGGGUCCUGUUAUCGACGGCACGUGUACAGCUUGUGGGUACAAGGGCUAUGAGAGGUGGGCACACGCCAUAAAUUUGCCUGUAGUCGAGUGGCUCAUGCAGGAAGGACAAAUAACGGCAGAAAUAACAGCAAUGGAAAGGGCAAUGCCGUGUAACACACAAUGGGCAGAUUAUACAAAAAACAAGAUGAAGGACGAUGACCCGGACAAGGUGGACGAAAAGAAAAUCACUGAAGUAAAGCAAAAGGAACAGCAGGUAGUGAAGGCAGCAACAAAGGUAAUUGAGAAGGCCAAGGAAGCAGUAGAAGAGGAAAUUAAAAGAAAGGAAGAGGAAGAAAAGAAACGUAAGAUUACGAAACACCGGAAUAGUAAGCACGCGGUGCAUGGGAAUACCGAAAGUACCAAUGCGAAUGCGACGAGCAAGGACCAGGCGGGCGGAUCAUCCGCAGAUACUAAGACACAGAACCCUGCGGGAGCCGCAGGAUCACAGGGGACCGGACAGGCAACAUCACAAGCACCAUCACAGACUCCCGGAUCACAACCAGCAGGAGCACCAGUAGGAAGGACAGAUACAACAGCCAGCGGAUCAACGACACAAACACCAGGUCAGGUAUCAGGGGGACCCGUACCACAAUCCCCACCAGAGGCACCUCCAGCAGCCCCCGAGAACACUUCCCAGGACGACCAGAAGGACAACGAAGGCGCAAAAGGAGGAGCAGGACAAAGUCCAGGUAAGGAGGCCGAUGAUGCUCCCGUUAAUGUUAAACUUGCGGGUAGUUCCGGGAACAACAGUGUAACCGUGAUAGAUUCCUAUGACAGUGGACAGCCCUCUGAUGAAAUUAUUCAGCAAUAUGAACAGCCCGGGCACAUACCUUCGGGCGGGCCAGACCAAAAAGGUGAAUCUAAAAGAGUGCAUAAAAGCGAUGCCGUCGUAGACGGGGGCAACGAUGACCCCCCUCCUCUCAAUCCACCCAAACCAAAAGCGAACCCGAACCCCGAUCAGGCCGGGUCCAGUGGCACUUUUGCGGAUGGCCAGGUACCAAGUAGUUCCGGAGAAGGUACUAGAGGUGCUGUUCCAGGACUCGGUGUUCCGGGUGCAUCUAUUCCAGGAGUAGGUGACCCAAGUGCAUCCUUACCCCCAGCGCGUGAGGAAAAUACGAAAUCAGGAGAACCUGUAACAACGGUUACAUCACAGGACCAAGGACAGAGUCCCACUGGUCUGCCGGUUUCACCUGGUGCACCGGAUUCUUCACCCGGUUUAUCGACUUCAACUCCAAGUCCAUCCAAUGAUGUACAGGAUCCAGGGGGCCGUGGCCCCAAUACAUCCCUUGACAAAAAUCAGAAAGCCAACGACGAAACUAAACCUGUCCUCCCUCUUCCCUCGAAACCAUUCAACCCCAAGGAUCUCAUCCCCUACACCCCCGCGAUCAUUCCCGCGCUGGUUGGUAUCGGGAUCAUUGCGUUCUUCCUAUGGAAGUACUUUGCGUACCUCGGAAAACAACGACGACGAAUAUAUCGAACCGUUCGGGACGUGCCGUCACCGCCACUCGACGAAGAAAUAUUGCAACAUCUACAACGCGGCGAGCCACCACCCGAUUACGGGUACACCAUGGUUACGCAACCUGCGUCAACAUCCGGUAGAGGCCGCCCACCACGCGUGCAUAAGCGCACGCUUAUCGAGCUACAUCUAGAAGUGCUCAACGAAUGUGACGCGACCGAAUGGGAUACGGUGAAAGACGACUAUUGCCAGAUACUUGUGCAAGAGUUUAUGGGGGGCAACAGCACGUGUACAAGUAGUUCGGAUGUCUGUACCCCCGACGACGGUUUCGCAACCCAGGACUCAACAACAAACGCCGAUACACCAACGCGGGAUACACCCACCUAUUCCGACGAAACGGAUCCAUGUCCACCUAACGCAGAUGACCCCGAUCCAUGGACUUGCAUGGAAACUGCACCGUUAGAAACGGACCGUUCUCCACCUAACGAAGAGGACCCCGAUCCAUGGAGUCGUAUGGAAACUAUACAGUUACCCACGGACCCUUGUCCACCGAAUGAAGCGGACCCCGAUCCAUGGAGUAUUAUGGAACACAUACAGUUCGCAGCGGACCCUUGUCCACCGAAUGAGGACGACCCCGAUCCAUGGAGUUGUAUGGAAACUAUACAGUUAGCCACGGACCCUUGUGCACCGCAUGCACACGACCCCGAUCCAUGGAGUUGUAUGGAAACCAUACAGUUAGAUACACAACGCGACCCGUACUCCUCCCCGCGCACUGAAUGCGCGACGUCGGAGUGCACCCACUGGAUUACCUGGAUUGACCGCAACAAGCAUCUAUUGCGCGCGUGCACGAUGCAGCCGUGGUGUCUGCAAUUGAAAUCGGCAUGGAAACAAUACCUGCGUGAGCGCAUGGCGGCAACCGGAGCAUCCGGUGACCACAGGAAAGCCGCAACCAUGGAAAGCACGAAACUGCGGUUGUGGAAAGAAUGGGUAGCGCAACAACAUCGGCAAAUGCGUAUGUAUAAGGAGCAGUGGUGUAAACAUUUGUUGCAUAAUGUAGAGGAGGAGACAGUACCGGAAAAAGGCGAAGAACAUAUACUGGAAAAAGACUUAGAAGUGGAAACAGUAAUGGCCGCAGAAGAUAUGCUAACAGUCACGGCUGUUCCACGCCCGCAACUGCAUCCGCAACCUUACAUGAAAAAACGGUUAAUUGCCAAAUUGUGGAUGCUACUCCUCGCGUCCGUAAUCGAAGAGUGCGAAUUCGAGAGUAGUAUGCAGGAGAAGGAGUUAUAUUUGGAUGAUCUAUUGCAGCAGUGUUCACAUUAG